CUUUGAUGGAAUGUGGAUCUCUUCACAAUAACUUGAACAUAAGAAGAAAAAAUGACAUCUAGUGCGUUUAGGAAAGCGUGACUAACUCGUGCUAGUAUUCUUGUUGAUCUGGAGCAUGUGAGAAGAUGCACAAGUUGAAAUGAUUCUAUCGGACGGUAUUUCGACCUUGUCUGGAUGUGGUCACACAGUUUUUCGGGUGAAGAUAGAGGGAAGUUUGAAAGGACAUAUAAUGAGUAUAACACACUGCUAGCGGUACUGAGGCUGCGGGCUGCAUCUGGAGCACACGCGAGGAGAGCAGACAGAGGCGCGCGCUUCUGCUGUAGACGGAUACGCGGGAAAGAGAAUAUGUAGAGCCUGCUAUUUCGAAGUGAACCAUGGUUUACCAUUGAGCUUUCUUUGAGGAUUUAAGGACAUUUACAAAAAAACGGUUGUUUAAAAGAAGUUGACAGCUCAUCUUCUAUGGAGUCCCAUUGCAAUUUUGGAGACUCGAUGUGGGACAAAAAUGGACCGCACGAACGGACUGAGCUCCAGGAUUAUCGUUUUGUUGCUCCACAGUAAGAUGUAGCCUGUUGUGUGUUCUUGGUGCUUAUGGAAACUUAAUUGCUACAUUUUCAUAAAACAUAGGCUACAGAUGCCACGUUUCAUGCGUAAAGAUACGGACGAUGUAUUUAUGUUGUUGUUAUGAUGCGUGUGCAUUUCAGUUCAACAAUAUUGCAACUGCAUGUCUACAUUUCCAUCACCGUCCAAAGCGUCAGGCAUCUUGUCCAGUGCAUGUGCCCUGCAGUUGCUUGUCCUGGAUGGAGCGUCAAUAAGGGCACGAAUAUAAUCACACGGACACGCCUCGUCAGUCAUUAAACAAAUCAGAUAAACACAGUGUUAAUAUGAUCAAUAGACUGUAUCGACGAGCCCGUAUAUAAGGCUAAUGAUUGGCCUAGCCUCUGUUUACUGAACAUGCCGGCGAGAAUAUGUUGUGAAAUUUUCAGAUGACUGCUGACAGGUCAUUGAAAUAGACAUAUGAUAAAGCAGAGUAAAAGUUUAGAUUCGUAGGUACAUCAUAUUAAACUCUUCAAUAACAGAUGGAAUAUCCAUAGUUGAAAACUGCUGCUCUGACAGUAGAAUGUCUUUGAGAAUUCAUGAACAGGGUGCAUUUUUUGGCUCAUUUAUAAAGAGUGCUUUUUGAAAUAUUUAUAGACACUAUUCUGCAGGAUGAUUGCUGUGAUGAGCAUGGUGAACCAGCCUCCAGACUUGAUGGCCCCCAGGCAAGAGGCCAAGGGAUCAUUUUCCUUCUAAUUGGCCUGAGUUCAGGUGAUUGGAAUUAUGGGGUGAUUUCUAUCUCUACAAGCUGACAGAAACAUGGAUUUGAACUUCUCCACGGUCCGCGAUAGCGAUAAUUUGCUGGAGAGAGACUCAUCCAAGCGCGUUCUGACAGGCUGCUUUCUCUUUGCGCUCAUCCUGACCACACUGCUGGGGAACACACUGGUAUGUGUUGCAGUCACCAAGUUCCGCCACCUGCGCUCAAAGGUCACCAACUUCUUUGUGAUCUCUUUGGCCAUUUCAGACCUGCUGGUGGCCAUCUUGGUGAUGCCAUGGAAGGCAGCAACGGAGAUCGUGGGCUUCUGGCCAUUCGGUGCCUUCUGUAAUGUCUGGGUGGCGUUCGACAUCAUGUGCUCAACAGCGUCCAUUUUGAACUUAUGUGUCAUCAGUGUGGACAGAUACUGGGCGAUCUCAAGCCCAUUCCGCUACGAGAGGAAGAUGACACCCAAGGUGGCGUUUAUUAUGAUCAGUGUGGCAUGGACGCUGUCUGUGCUCAUCUCUUUCAUCCCUGUGCAGUUGAACUGGCACAAGGCUGCGGCGUUGGAGCUCAAUGGCACAUACGGUGAGCUGCCGCCGGACAACUGCGACUCCAGCCUUAACAGGACCUAUGCCAUCUCCUCCUCCCUCAUCAGCUUCUACAUCCCUGUGGCAAUCAUGAUCGUGACUUACACCCGGAUUUACAGAAUUGCCCAGAUACAAAUCAGGAGGAUCUCAGCCCUGGAGAGGGCUGCGGAGAGUGCCAAGAACCGCCACAGCAGUAUGGGGAACAGCUCCAACAUGGAGACGGAGAGCUCCUUCAAGAUGUCUUUCAAAAGAGAAACCAAAGUCCUAAAGACCCUCUCUGUCAUAAUGGGGGUGUUUGUGUGCUGCUGGCUGCCCUUCUUCAUCCUCAACUGCAUGGUACCCUUCUGUGAGCCCAACGGCCCCUCUGAUUUCCUCUGCAUCAGCCCCGGCACCUUCGACGUGUUUGUCUGGUUCGGCUGGGCCAACUCCUCACUCAACCCCAUCAUAUAUGCCUUCAACGCGGACUUCCGCAAAGCGUUCUCCAUCCUGCUGGGCUGCCACAGACUCUGCCCGGGCAGCAAUGCCAUAGAGAUAGUGAGCAUCAACAACAACGGAUCCCAGCCGCCUGCGUCCCAGUAUCAGCCCAAAGGGCACAUUCCCAAGGAAAGCAACAAUGCCACCUAUGUGAUUCCCCACAGCAUCCUGUGUCAGGAGGAGGAGCUGCAGAAGAAGGAUGGGGUUGGGAUUAAGACCUUGGAGAAACUGUCCCCGUCCCUUUCUGGGAACUUGGGCAGCGAUGCCGAUGUGUCACUGGAAAAGAUUAAUCCUAUAACUCAGAACGGCCAACACAAAACUAUGACAUGUUGACGGGUGUAUGUAUUGGUAUACAAACAUGAGAAGGAACCCAGAGGGAGUGUGGUAUAUACAAACUGAGCUUCACUGCGAACCUUAAAACUCAAAUCACUAUGGAAAUCUACAGAAUGUUUCAAAUGAAGGCACUUUAUCCUGGAUAACUAUCUGCAAAACACCUUCAGCAUUUAUUAUUAAAGUAUAGACAGAUUUGUUGAUAAAUGUUCCAUAACUUGAAUAAAGUAAAAUGAAAUACACACGUGUAUACAUGUGUUGUAUUUACAAAUAUGUAUACAUUUGCAUGUGUACACAGUAGUGACAAAUAUCCUGGAAGCUGUUAUAACAUGGAGAAAGAAGUAGAAAUAUUAGCAAAAUGUCUCGUAGGUAAGUGCUUUACAUUUAUAUGUACAGCGUGUUUCAUAUUCUUACAAAGAUAACUAUAAAGAUAAUUGGUUUUUAUUAUUUUUUUCGAUGUCAACAACAGUGUAUAAUUAUUUAAAAUUUUAUUUAUAAUAAUCAUCAUAAUUUAUUAGAGAGUUGAAUACACUUCUGGUUAAUGAUAACUGACUAAAAUAAUAUGGAGAGAGACCAUAGGAUGGUGAAAAUGGUUCCAAACAACCCUCAUCAAUUCUUGCAUUUGUGUUGUUGUGAAAUUGAAGUGGUAAGCCUCAGCAUGGUAGGGUUGUGGUAAGGUAUGGUGUAUACACAUGUAUGCAUUUGAUAGUUAGAACACGUUGUCAGUUACGGACGCUUUAAAUACCUUUCAUUUUCACAGAGAUACAACAUCUUAUGCCAAGUAUGUCAUAUUUCUAUAUAUUUUAGUUGCAUUCCCCUUUUGUAGUACAUUAUUUUCCCAAUUGGGAAAUGCAAAAGUGUUGAUGGAGCUCACUCUGAUUGUCACACUGGAUUUCAAAGAAUCUUCUGUCAAAACUGAUUUUAAAGAACCAACUGUCAAACCUGAUUUUAUAGAACAAACGGUCAAAUCUGAUUUUAAAGAACAAAUUGACAAACCUGAUUUAAUAGAACAAACUGUCAAAUCUGAUUUUAAAGAACAAACUGUCAAACCUGAUUUUAAAGAACAAACUGUCAAACCUGAUUGUAAAGAACAAAUUGACAAACCUUAUUUUAUAGAACAAACAGUCAAAUCUGAUUUUAAAGAACAAAUUGACAAACCUGAUUUAAUAGAACAAACUGUCAAAUCUGAUUUUAAAGAACAAACUGUCAAACCUGAUUUUAAAGAACAAACUGUCAAACCUGAUUUUAAAGAACAAACUGUCAAACCUGAUUGUAAAGAACAAAUUGACAAACCUUAUUUUAUAGAACUGUCAAAUCUGAUUUUAAAGAACAAAUUGACAAACCUGAUUGUAAAGAACAAAUUGACAAACCUGAUUUAAUAGAACAAACUGUCAAAUCUGAUUUUAAAGAACAAACUGUCAAAUCUGAUUUUAAAGAACAAACUGUCAAACCUGAUUGUAAAGAACAAAUUGACAAAUCUGAUUUAAUAGAACAAACUGUCAAAUCUGAUUUUAAAGAAAAAACUGUCAAAUCUGAUUUUAAAGAACCAACACCAUGUGUCUAACAGUCCCGUGUGAAACAGGGCCUACUUUCUAAGCCCUCCUAGCACACAUCAUCGCAUCAGCAAGUCAAGUCAAGUCUACGAGUGUAGCUGUAGCAUAGGCAUCACCGUGGACACAGUUCUCUCCCAACUUCAUCCCCAUUACUCUCUCCCAAUAGACACGUCUUCCCCUAAAAAGUGGUACCUCUUCACACUCUUAGGGCAUCAGUGAUUCUUUUGGCAAGUCGGGGCCCAUCAGACAUUUCUUCAAGUGUUUUACAAUUGGCAUCCUAUUCCCUAAAGGCUCUGGUCAAAAGUAGUGCACUAUAUUAGGAUGCAACCUUCUACUGUCCUAAUGCAGAGAGCUGAUUCUGAUUCCAUUAAUGGUCAGUUUGCAUGGAAACAAUCAGCUUAGUGAGCAGCAGUAAAUGCCGUCAAUGCAUAAUUGAAAAAUGUAAUUAUUGCACCUUAUGCAAGUCAACAGUCACACAGCCAGAACACAAAUGACCUUUGGUAAACCGCUGAAAACUGAUAUUGUGAAUUGUUUAAGCUGGAGCUAUGAUGUUUAAGGGAACAGUGGGACUGUUGUUGUGCUCAUAGCAGCCAAAUUGUUAAACACCCACUGUAUGCUUUGGUCCUGUCACUCUUCUGAUCAAUUAUCUCAUUUGUAGCUGUAACUGUUGAGAUGUUUUCUCUGCAGUAUUGAAUUUGACCGAUGGCAAACUAUAUGCUGUUGGUGAAAAUGAGGAGCAGUUCUAUAGAGCUAGUGUGGUUAAAGCUUUCAAUUAGUACCUGUAUGGCUUUUCAUUUCAGGAAGCAUUUCAGGAGGCAUUGCAUGACUCUACAUUGGAAUUAGGACAAUUCGAUUUUGCGGUGUGCAUUGGGUGAAGGACAUAUUUUAACACUCUUUACAAUUCCCAAUUUAUCAUAGCUCCAUGAUGGAAAGUCUACGGCACAUGGUUUUGAUGUCAAAAUGAACUAGAGUUAAUGCAUUGUGGCUCAGUUGUUUCCAGGCCUCAACCUUGUUCUUGUAUCGACAGGUGUAAAAGCAUGGAGUUGUCAUACAUCAAUGGUAAUUUAAUGGUAUUAGUCUUAAAUUGGUUCUGGGAAAUCAAAUUUGGUAUAAAUGCAACAGGGAGAACAUUUUUGAAUCAGCAUGUUACUUAUGAGCUACAAAAAGAGGUUGAGAAGCCACCUAGCUCCACCCCUUCCUGUAAUCCAAUUGAGUUUUUAUGACCUCAUUUUAUUUGCCUGGCCCUGGAUUCUUAAGAGUGUAUGUCCAUCAAGUCUAGCCUUCUAUGACAAGUGCCAAAAUAUGAACUCUCUGAUAAGACCUCUGUCUCUGUCAUUUUGUAGAUGAAGGUGGAACGCGCCCACUGCUCAGCUCUACUCCAAUUGUCAAGGGGUGCUAGAAGCCAUCAAUUCCAUAAUAAACACAUUUUUUCUUAAAGUGCUGACUUGAUAUAGUAGCAUCUGAUUUUAAAAAGGUUUUUCCAAAGGCAUUAUGUCUUUGACGAAGGCAAAACAGCAGCAUCUAUGUGAAGUGAACGUUGGCCUUUUUCCAUUUUCUACCAUAUCAGUUGUCCUAUUCCCAAAUAUUGACCAGUCUCUCUAUGAUUAACUAUAUCCUUUGCUUAUAAUUUAUUUUCUAAUUAUUUACAAACAUGAGUCUGCUCAAAUCUACGAUAAAAAAUGAACUCUGAGCAGCUAUGGGGAACAUUCUAGAAGACUGUCUUUGUUUGCUCAGUGCUCCUCCUGUCAGGCCCCGUCUAAUCAGUGGAGAAAGCUGUUACUCAGAGGGAUUUAGUUCAUUAGUAAACAAUCCUUCCCUGCUGUUCCCCUCUGUGGUUCUAUCACAACACGCACACCUGGGCAUACAACUAGGUAAUUGGGCCUGCAUAAAGAUGCCCUAUAUAAACAAUUGUCUAUUCAUAUUUUGUUUCCAAUGAUUUUGCUGAAUGUGAAGCUCAUGCUGUGAGAUGACAAUGUUUUGUAAAGUUUUAUGAGUUUCAUUUUCUUAGCCAUAUGAACAAUUAUGACACUGGCAUGGCACUUUGAAGUAUCUGAGGGUUGUCCAGAGUUUUUGGUUUUAUACAUUUAUACAGAUUAAUAUUCAUUUUGGUUUCAGAUGGUUUAACUAUCUUGCUUGUUGCUAUAUCUGUAUAAUUCCUGAGAUAGAUUUAAGCCGCCAAAUUUACCAGUCAUGUUUAACUCUGCUCACCACAGUUUGCUGGCACUUUAUGAAUUGGGCAUUACAUUGCAAAAUUUAAAAAGCACAAUGCCUUGUUUGCUCAAAUGUCUUUCCUAGGGGUGCCCCACAGGUUAUGAGAAACAAGUGUAUCGUUCUGUCUAGAUGUUUGUUGUGACAUCACAUGUAACAAUGCUUUUGUUAACCUAGCUGACAGCAAAGCAUUCCUCUGCAUCAAAUGACAAAUAGGGAUAUAUAACUGUCUCCUUGUAUGACAUUAAACAACAUCCUUUUUGGAUGGGUCCAACUGCAAGUGUAUUGUUCUCCAGCUCAUUUUGUUAAGAUUAUUUAUUUAUGAUGGCACCCCUACCUCGACAUUCAACAGCAAACCUUCAUGUAAACAUAAAAUGAAAAACAGUAUUGUAUAAUGUUCUAAUCUAGAUGUGAACACAAGUGCUUUUUUUAAAAAAAUCUUAGAAUCCUUAAAUGUGAGUAGAAAACUGUUUGUGCUGUUUUUCAGUGUGGAUUUAUUGAAAAGUCAAGGCACUCGCCAGUCAGAUGAAAUAAUGUUCUGCAGUUGUCAAGAAGGUGUUGAAGAAAAGCAAUCCUCAAAUGUAUUACAGUACCUAGUUUACAGUUUGUACAAUAUGUGCCCUUACUACAUGUAGAAUAAACGUGUAUGUUCAUUUUU